AUGGCGGUCCGCGCACAAUUCGAGAAUUCCAACGAAGUCGGCGUCUUUGCGACACUGACCAACUCGUACGCUCUCGUGGCCCUGGGCGCUAGCGAGAACUUUUACAGUGUCUUUGAGGCCGAGCUCCAAGAUGUAGUCCCUACCGUCCGAACGACCAUUGCUGGCACCCGUAUCAUUGGCCGCCUCACAGCCGGCAACCGCAAGGGUCUCCUUGUGCCCACGACCACCACAGAUCAGGAGCUUCAGCACCUGCGCAAUUCGUUACCCGACAGCGUGCGUAUCCAGAGAAUCGAGGAGCGUCUCUCUGCUCUAGGCAACGUCAUUGUCGCCAACGACCACAUUGCACUGAUCCACCCGGAUCUAGAGCGGGAAACCGAGGAGAUUGUCGCCGACGUGCUCGGCGUGGAGGUCUUCCGCCAGACCGUAGCGGACAAUGUGCUUGUGGGCAGCUACAUGAGCCUGUCGAACCAGGGCGGCCUGGUGCACCCCAAGACCAGCAUCCAGGACCAGGACGAGCUGUCGAGCUUGCUCCAAGUGCCCCUCGUCGCUGGCUCGGUGAACCGCGGCAGCAACGUGGUGGGCGCCGGCAUGGUCGUCAACGACUGGCUGGCCGUGACCGGCCUGGACACCACCGCUACCGAGCUGAGCGUUAUCGAGAGUGUCUUCCGCCUGGGCGAGGGCAUGGGCCCCAGCAACAUCAAUAACAGCAUGAAGGAUACGAUAGUGGAGAGUUUCUACUAA